AUGAAGUACAUGGACAGACUGCCUACUGUGAUAAGCUGUUGCUUCUGCUGUUUCCUAAGAGCUGGGACUGUAAUGAUAGCGUUUUUUUCAUUUAUUUCAGGACUAAUCUUAGCGCCAAACGUAAGUCAUGUAAAGGGAUUCUGGAGUAUGGAUCCAGUUCUCUCCUACUACAGCGCGGCCACAGAACACACUAUUCAAAUAAUCUUGGGAGUUGUGUCCAUCAUGCUUUGUGUUGUUAGCGUAAUGCUCCUAAUAGGAGCCAUAUGUAAUAUGCCAAUGUUGAUACUGAUAUACCAGUGGGGUGCAGUUGUGUACAGUGGUACGGUUUUCCUGCUGUUGUUCAUCCUGGCUGUGCUCUGCUUCUUUGUGCAUACAGACUGUAUUGUCGCUGGUGGUGCUCUGUGUGGGUUGAUGUUUUUUGAAGUACUGGUGACCGUUUAUUUCUUAAUUGUAUCAAAUAGCCUCCGAAUGUCCUUAAAGUUUUUGUCAAGCGAAGAGGCAAUGUUCUGA